GGAAGUAUAUCUAAAUUCACGAUGAUUAUUAUUUAAUAUAGUUUACGUGCAGCACACCAACUUGCAUGUUUUUCUUGAAUACAUCAUAUCCGAUGCAUUGUCAUUUUGUGUUAAUCAAGUGUAAGUGAGUGGAACAGAAUGAGUAACCCUUUUGCAGGUCUGCUGGGCCAUGACAUGCCCUCAACAUCGUUUUCAUCUCGAUCAACUGCUGAGUUGCAGGAGUGUCAAGUGCUGGAGAGGAUUUUUGGGUUCACAUUGAGCAAAACGAGAAGUCAGGAGCAGCAGCUAGUGUUCAUGGAUGAGCAGGCUCUUAUCAUACUCGAUGACAUAUUGAAUAUAGAUGAGCUGAAUGUGAUCCUGUUCGAGAGGCUCUUCAUACAGAACGCUGGCAAUAGCUCACCUUGGUUGAAAGGUGAUAAGAUUGCCAGCGAUAAAGGUUACUAUGAAGAUCGAGUUAUCAAGUAUCUUUACCAUUGCUAUGUCAACAAUAUUGAGGAGGAAGAGUUUAAGCACAAGGAUAAGACAAAAAUAAAGAUUGUGGACAAUGUUGCGACGGCGUUUCACCAGCCUGACUUGUUUUUCGGGCAGGAAGUGUACGAGCAGAUGAUCGAGUUGCUCAAGGAGAAUGUGCCAUACAUUGAAAUGUUUUUUAACGAUAUUAUCAACAGAAUUCACGAGGAAGGUGAUAGUCUGAAGGAACCAAUCGUAGCUUUGCUGAAAAUAAUCCAUGCAUCAGUUUCGAAAAUGAAUUUGAUGUCUUUGGACUACGCCACUUUGGAUAUCAUCAAAGUGUUCACGAAAACUGAUGAAGUCGCCAACGUGUUUCUUGAUUACAACACUCCUGCUAACGCCACCUCCGGAAUUGACUAUUCGCACACCUUGUUGGGUUCUCUGCUGAAUUUAUCCAUUUUACCUAAACAUCCCAGCGGCCCUUACGACUUCUUCCAAACCCCCUUGGAUCCGGCAAGCAUAACUGCUACAGAAAACAUACUCUUCACCAACAUGGAUAAGAUAACGCAGCACAUUCAAACUUUGAUCCUGAACUUGCUCAAGUGCAGGAAGACGGCGCGAUUACGAAUCCUGGGUUGGAUCGGAUCCUGUUUGAAGGCAAACGCCGACCGCGGGAAGCUGUGGAAUACGCAGAUACACGAAAUAAUGACGCCUGCGACAGUCGGCGAUGGUUUCAUGCUGAACCUGGGAAAUGUACUGAUGCGUCUCUGCCAACCGUUCUGCCAAGGCGACAAUUUCAAGAAGAUAUUAAAAGUUGAUCCCACUUACUGCGCCGUUCCAGAAGCUGAUUAUGAGAAUAAGAACGUCCAUUUGCCCGGUAUGUACAACGAGACUUGUCUUCUUCCCAUGGAGGAGAGUAACGAGAACGAGUUAAGAGUGACCGCGCUCCACUACACUUUCGUCACUGAAUGCUUCUAUAUGGGUCACAAAGCUUUAGAACUGGGGCAUAAAAUCGUCGUAGAUAAAUUGGUGAAAUUGAAUCAGGAAAUCGGCCGCAUCGAGAGGGCUUACAACAAUGCGAUGGCAGAGGAAAGGGUUUUGGGUGAGGUAAUCGAUACCAUCAAGAAUAAGAUGUCCACGGAAAUGGCAAGGUACUUAACAAUUAAGGCUUCUUGCUCUGAACCGGUGAUGCUUGAGAUGAUCUUCAACUUCACCUCCGCCACAGCCUAUUGGUUGUCUCAAGUUGCCUUCUACGAUGGCGGCUUUGACAUCUCUUACGCCCCACAAAUCUACAGAGUUAUCUCGUUCCCAUUGGACAGCGACGUACCUGAUACACUGAAAUGCAUUCCCGAAUCGAUCCUUGAGAAUAUCGUUGGUUACCUUGUAUUCCUGAGACGCUUCUUUCCGAACGUUUUCGAGGAAAGAGGUUUCGAACAGAUGCAACCCAUACUGACCUUCAUUGUGAUCUUCAUGGGUUCCACUAACUACAUGAAGAAUCCGCAUCUGAGGGCUCGAUUGGCGGAGGGUUUGGAAGCGCUGUUGCCCUUCCACAAGGAGCAUCCGCCCGGGUACAAUUCGUUGGGAGGAUUUCAGCGAGAGAUGCUGUUCAAAACGCACGAACAUCGACUUCAGAUCGUCGAAAGCUUGUUGGAAGUUUUCGUGGGCAUCGAGAUGACGGGUCAGAGCGUACAAUUUGAGCAAAAGUUCAAUUACAGGAGACCCAUGUACGCGAUUAUCGAUUACAUUUGGAAUUUGGAGGAGCACAGGCAAAUUUUCCAGUAUUUGGCGAGGAGGGCUGAACACAGCAUGGACGACGUGACACCGCCUCUGUUUCUGCGUUUCAUAAACCUCUUGAUGAACGACGCCGUCUUCCUAUUGGACGAGGCUUUGUCUAAUAUGUCGAAACUGAGAGAAAUGGAGAUGGCUAAAGAAAACGGUGAAUGGGACGAAUUGUCGACGACGGAACGCGCCCAGAAUUUGGGCUACAUGAAUCACAUCGGUAUGAUGGCGAAAUUCGACAACAUCUUGGGAAGAGAUACCAUCAGGACGUUGGUCAAUCUGACAUCCGAAAUUCAGAUAGUUUUCACGCACGGAACGAUGGUGGAUCGAGUCGCCGCUAUGCUCAAUUAUUUCCUAUUGAACCUCGUCGGGCCGAAUCAAAAGAAUUUCAAGGUCAAGGAUAAUCAGGAAUACAGCUUCGAGCCGGCGACGACAGUCGUGGAUAUUUGCAGCAUCUACGUUAACCUGAAGGAAAACGAAGCGUUCUGUUUGGCCGUUUCACAGGAUGGAAGGUCGUACAGUCCGCAGCUGUUCGGGUUGGCGCAGAACGUUCUGGCGAAGAUCGGUAAAGGUGGAUUGGUUGGGGAGAUGGUGGAGGUCGCUUCGAGGGUUACCAAAUUGGCUGAAGCGCAUCAGGCCAGCGAGGAGGUCAUCUCCGAAGCUCCAGAUCACUUCUUGGAUCCGAUCAUGUCGACAUUGAUGUACGAUCCGGUCAUCCUACCGAGUUCCAAGCAGACCGUCGAUCGCACAACCAUCGCCAGACAUCUGUUGAGCGAUCAAACCGAUCCUUUCAAUCGUUCUCCUCUGACGAUGGAUCAGGUCGUACCUAACAAGGAAUUGAAGGCCGAGAUUGACCAAUGGUUGAUCGAGAGGCAUAUAUGUCCUAAAGUUUAAGUUACUAGUACAUAAUAUAUAUAUAUAUAAAAAAAAGUAACUAAAUGUCAUUGAGUUUGCUCGCUCAAACGUCAAGUCAACGAUCAUUCCACUAAGGCUAGUCUUUAAAGAAAUUAU